UUUUCACAUAUUAUUUGAUUCACGUAUUGUGCAAGUAAAACGUGUAAUUGAUAACCUCAUUUAAUGAAUGGAACAUAUUUUUAUUUAAUUCAAAAUACAAUAACUCCACAAGUCAAACAGAGACUUAAAGGAAACUAUUCAUGAUGGAGAGUGUCUGUACUGCUGGUUUGAUUGUAAUAGGAGAUGAAAUUCUACGUGGCCAAAUUAUAGAUACAAAUACAUCAUAUCUGGCAAAAAGAUUACGUGCUUGUGGUAUUAAACUUCAAAAAAUAACAGUGAUUCCUGAUGUUGUAGAUGAAAUUGCGAAGACCGUACUUGAAGCUUCAAAAGAAUAUUCUGUUGUAUUUACAUCUGGUGGUGUUGGACCUACACAUGAUGACGUAACAUACGAAGCAGUAGCCAAAGGUUUAGGAUUGAAAUUUGAACAAAAUAGGGAAUUAGUUGAUAUUUGUUUAAAUCUGUUUCCUAACAAUAAUGAUAAAGAAACUCAACGCCUUACUAUUGUACCAACACCCUGUGAGCUUAUUCAUAUUUAUUCACCAAAAAAAUAUGCUAUCAUAAAAGCAAAGAAUGUAUACAUGCUGCCAGGUUCUCCAAUAUAUUUUGAGGUAGCUGUUGAUGUAAUCCUUCCUCAAUUAAAAGGAGAUACUCCUUUACACUUUGAAGAAAUAGAUAUUAAUUUAAACGAAUUAUCGAUAGUAAGAAUUUUGGAUGAACAUGCAGAAUAUUGGAAAGAUAAAGUUAAUAUUGGUAGUUAUCCGCAAAGAACACCUGAAUGUUUUACAAGAAUUACAUUAGAGGGGAGAAAAGAGGAUGUUCUGGAAGCAAAAGGAAAACUUUUGUACUCGUUACCAAUACAAAAAAUUAGAAAUUUAAAAAAUGGAUUUAGUUAUUAUCAUGCAAAAACUGUACUUGAAGAUACUGAAAAUGAAGUACAUAUAAAGUAUGCUGUGGAUAUUUUAGAACAGUGUUAUAAGACGUAUAAGCCAGAAGAAGUUUUUGUAAGCUUUAAUGGAGGGAAGGAUUGCACAGUAGUUUUACACCUAGCUGCCUGUGUUGCAAAAUUACAAAAUAUCUCGUCAUUAUUAUGUUUAUAUGUAACAGCAGAACCAUUUCCAGAAGUGGAUUCGUUUGUAGAAAGAGCGGCUCAAUACUACGGUUUAGAGUUAAUAAAGAAGAAAUGUCCUUUGCGAGAUGCAUUAUGUUCAUUAUUAAAUGAAAAAACAAAUCUAAAAGCUAGCCUUAUGGGAAUGAGGAAAGGUGAUCCUGGCACACAAAAUCUAGAGGUCUUUAAGCCAACUGACUCAACCUGGCCAAAUCUAAUUCGCGUAAAUCCGAUCUUGAAGUGGUCGUAUGAUCAAGUGUGGAAAUUUUUGUUGAAACACAAUGUACCUUAUUGUCCAUUAUAUGACGAAGGAUAUACGAGUUUAGGUACAAAAUCAACAACAGUACCGAAUCCACGAUUAAAAGAUCCUGAUAAUCCAUCAUCGUAUCUUCCAGCAUAUACUUUAACUGACGAGUCUGCAGAAAGACAAGGCAGAGUAUAGCUAUAAAACACGUACAAAAGCAUACACAAUUUUACAGUAUUUUGUAAACUUUAUGCAGCUUGAAAGAUUAUUGUAACUUAUUUUAAAAAGACAAACUAUAUUUAUAUCUCGUAUAAUACAAAGUAUUUUAAUCUAUUAGGACUUUCUAUUAAAUGAUUUUAAUGUUUUUAAUUGUGAUCUUUUAAUUGCGACACAGCACAAUAUUUGUAUGAAAGUAUUAACAUGAAUAAAUAUGUAAUUAAAUUAAUUUAAGAUCACUUAACUAUAAUCAUUAUAUGCUUGAUAAAAAUGUAUUACUACAUACACGUAUAAAUUUAGAGAAUAAAGUGGUUUUAGGUUUAAAGGAAUAAAUUUUAAAUUACGAAGAA